GAGCACAAAGUAGACAAGAGGAUCAGUAGAACUUAACACAGUGAGAUAGACAGAGCAGAAGAAAAGAAGCAGAAGUGAAGUGAAGCUGAAUUUUAUUCCAGGAUGAAGAUCCUCCUCCUCGUCAUCCUUUACCUGAUCUCAGGUCCAGUAGACUGCUUUGAUGUGAUUGGUUACUCAGGUGGAAGUGUCAUUGUUAUCUCUGACAUAAACUGGUACAAACACAAUAGUAAAUAUAUCUGCAAAGUGAAUGAAAAAAACUGCACUGAUAUAAUACGUGCUGACACCAAACGCUACCAAGUUCAAGAAGGAAGAUUCAAGUUGUAUGCAAACACAGACCACCACUUCUUAGUAUUGAUUAGAAAGCUGAAGCCACAAGAUGAUGGAAUGUAUAGAUUUGGACUGGGGGAUCAGAGCAACUUGACCAUGAACCUAAAAGUUUAUAAUAAUACAUUUUCUGGGCUGCCAAAAAUAAUAAACGCUUAUCUUGGGCAGAAUAUUACCAUCACCUGUAACUAUCCAGAGGAGUAUGAGAGAAACACCAAAUCUGUCGACAAAGUGAAUGAUGACCUUAAAAAUAUACCAAUUCUUGAUACAAACACAAAUUUUCAGAACGGCAGAUUCUCCAUUUCUGAUGACAGAAGUGCUAAAGUUCUCAGUGUGAACAUCAGCGAUGUGAGAGAAACUGAUGAAGUAUUUUAUUUAUUUGGUGUGUGGAAUGGAGACGGAUCAGUCAGAUAUAGCUCCUACUUUACACAGGUGUGGCUACAUGUUACAGAACUGAGCACAUUAAUUUCCCCAACAACAACAACAACUACAAGAACAACAACAAUAACAACAAAAACAACAAAAACAAGAACAGACACCGACCUGAUGACCUCAGCAGCACUGAUAGAAACUCCAUCUGCAGUGUGUUUCACUUCCUCUGUUAUCAUCAUCAUCAUCAGUGUGUGUGUCUUUGAGACUCUGCUGCUGAUCGGAGGAUGUGGGAUAAUGAUCUACAAAGUGAGACAGAAGGGAACACAAGAUUAUACACUUUCAUUCAAGAGUAAAGAGAAUAAACAACUUACACCUGAUAACGCUUAUUCUGCUUCUGGGUAUGAAAACAUUAAAACUAGCUCAAUGUAAAACUGCUCCAGAGAAAGAGUCAGUCACAACUUCCUGCUUGAGCUGCUGAGUUGUUGAAGGACUGCUAGCUGUAUGUGUGUAUGUGUUUAGCAUUAGUUUUGUUUAAUAUAAAGUUGAUUGUUAGAAAUACAAAUUAUCUGUAUGAUGUAUAAAGACAAAUCAUUGUGAUGAUGAUGAUGAUGAUGAUGAUGAAUUGCUUGAUGAAUUGUCUGCUCUGAUGUUACUGUGCUUAAUUCUGCUCUGUUAAUAGAAGUAAUUUUAUUACAGUUUAAAUAUGAACCUGUGUCAUGAAUCUAGCUGAUAACAGGAAAGACCUUUGUCAUAUCAUCUCAUUCACAUCGAACAUUUUCUUUUGGUUAUACUGUUGAUGCUUGAGACGCAGAUCUACAGUCUAUAUAAUCGUGUAUCCUUGCUAUAUGUCAAGGAAAUUCUCCUUUACUGUAUUUAUGUACAAAUCUUUAGCAAUAAAAACAAACUAACGACCUGUCCAUUAAACACUGCAUUCA